AUGCGGGUGGCCGUGGUUAAAGACUUCAACCAAGGCUAUGAAGUCCGCGACGUCGAUGUUCCCACCGACCUCAGCCCAAAUGAUAUACUAAUAAAGAUUGGAGCAGCAGGAUACUAUCAUACAGACCUGCAAGUGAUGCAAGGUGUUUACGAAUCAUCCGGCGCAAAGCCAGGUCUGAUUGGAUCCCAUGAGCCAGCAGGUGAGGUGGUGAAAGCCGGCUCAGACGCCCACAACUCCGGCAUUAAGGUCAGGGACCGCGUUGGUUCAAUCAACACAUAUGCUUUUUGUGGAGAGUGCGAUCCAUGCAAGAGGCAGAAGCAACAGCUCUGUGAGAAACUGGUCGGGAUGUUGGGGUUGACGAUUAAUGGCGGGUUCGCCCAAUACAUGAAGGCGGACGCGCGGGUUGUCGCGAAAAUCCCGGAAAAUAUCUCUUUCGAAGAGGCAGCACCUUUGUUCUGUGCUGGUGCGACUGUGUAA